GACGAUAAAUAUGACGAGAUUGAGAAUGAAAAUCAGCGUCCUCGCGACACUAUUGAGCAUAUUGUCGCCCAGAUCGAUAUAGAUAGAACAAAGUAUAUUCUUGAGUCAUAUGCUGACAUCAGAAGAGAAAAAAUCGAAACACAUGUCCGCCACAUAUUGAAGAAUCCUGAAGAAAGGGUGAAACUGACGAGCAUAGAACUGGAUUUUGCCGAAAAGUAUGCAAAUCUGCUUGCUGAGUAUGAGGAUUCGUCGUAUAAACGUGAUUGUCCACAAGAAGUCAAACAUCUACUAAAUCAAGGCCUAUAUCCGCAGGCCGACGUGCCCGUGUUCUGUCAUGUCGACGAGACUAUUGGAGAGAGGCGGUUGAAAAGAGAUUUUAUAGAAAUGAAGGCGAAUGACAUCUACCUUCUUCAAUACUCGGAAAUUACCGAUCUAGUCCAAAGACGUCGCCUAACGUUAAUUGACGGGUUAACGUGGAAGAGCGGUCUCAAAGGGCUAUUGCACGCUGAAAAUGCAGAGGAUUAUACACUCUACGUGAUGGCCAGAUGGUUGGACGCAAACAACUAA